CGGCGCUUCGACCCGCUGACAUAUUCCAUAAUCUCAUAAAUCCAGGAUCUCUGUCACCUGAUUAAUCUUUGACGCAUUAAUCUGCUGAAGUCCAACUAUUAUUCUCUCUUUAGGAAAUCAAAAACCUGCACAAAAAAACACACUAACAGAAGCAGAACCCUUUGGCCCCCGGCCCGGCCCGGCCCCCCUACAGAGACUCACCGAUGGGCGGAGACCAGGACCUCCAAUCCCCGCUGACACGUGACCCGGUCUCUGCAACAUCUGCAGCUGCGUCUGCGCAGUCGCUAAGCCCUUCCAGCUUUAAGGAGGAUCCCGGCCGGGGGGCCGUCACACGGCAGCAGCUGGAGAUGGGAGCGGGUGCACCUGCGUUAGCGGCAGGUGGAGGAGGGGCUUAGGAGCCACGCUCGGGCCUGUAGGCGGAGCUCCGUGAAGCUGCUAAGAAGAUGGUCCCCUCCUGAAGAGAGUCGAACGGUUGAGCGCGCUCAAACCCGCCGGUUCCUCCUCCAGAACAACGGGGACGGUGAGUCCAGGAGGGGAGGAAGCGUGAAGACCGGAGGCCCUCAGGAGCGGCGUCCAGGAGCGGCGUGGUUGCCACGCGUCCCGCUCUUCCAGAGAUCCUCCUCCUCCUCAUCAUGGAGCACUCCCUCUCCAUGAGCUCCACGGCGGUCGACGAUGAGCCAGAAGACCACCGACCCCUCCUCCCCCCCAGAAUGGCGCCCCAAUGCCAGACCUACUCCCCCCAGUGUGGGAUACACCGCACAGUCCAGACGUCCGUGGAUCACACCGUGUGGCUGGACCGGACCCAGGCGCUGGCCACCACGCCGCUGUACAACGGCCACCUGUACAUCACGUCCACGCCGCGCGCCGGCAGGAGGAAGGACAAGCCCAAAGGCAAGGAGAGGAGGGCCGAGAAACGGUGCGGGGAGGCCAAGGCCAGGACCUCCGCCUGCCACAGACUCCAGGAGAAGGUCACCUCCGUCACCGACAUGCCCCUGUCCCCCUGCGCCUCGCCCUUUUUGGGCACCAAGAAGGCGCACCAAGGACGCCGCAGCGUCUCCUUGGAGAUGCAGGACCGCCAGAGUCUGCCGGAGAUCAUCAUCACCAGCAAGGACGACCACCCCCCCCAACAUGGCGAGACGCCGCGGUUCCAGAAGAAGAAGGAGGGCAAGGGCCCCCUGCCUGGGGCCAAGUUCCCCGGCUUAAGCCACGCCCACAGUCCGCAGCACAGCCCCAAGCGCAAGGAGGACGCCAAGAACGACCCGUACUGGAAGAGCCGCAACAUCGGUUGGCGGCUGGUCCGCCGGCGGGCGCUGUUCCUGCGGCGGCAGAGGCUGAACGACUGCGCCCUGGCCGUGGGGCUGUUCGGCGUCCUGAUGAUGGUGACGGAGACCGAGCUGUCCUGGAGCGUCUACAGCAAGAGCUCCGUCUACUCCCUGUCACUCAAGUCGGUCAUCACCGCCUCCACCCUCCUCCUGCUGGGGCUGAUCGUGGCGUACCACUGCUGCGAGGUGCAGCUCUACGUCCACGACAUCGGGGCCGAGGACUGGCGCAUCGCCAUGACAACCGACCGCCUGGCCUUCAUCGCCCUGGAGCUGACCGUGGCGGCCAUCCACCCGUACCCGGUGGGGCUGCUGGCGUACUUCCAGCAGAGCGCGUCCCGCAUGGCGCUGUCGGAGACGGAGCUGGAGAUCGUCCUGGCCCUGCCCAUGUUCCUGCGCCUCUACCUGAUGGCGCGGGCCAUGAUGCUGCACAGCCGCCUCUUCACCGACACCGCCUCCAGGAGCAUCGGGGCGCUCAACAAGAUCCACUUCAACUCCCGCUUCGUGGGGAAAACGCUGAUGACCACCUACCCCGGGACGGUGCUGAUGAUCUUCAGCGUGUCGCUCUGGAUUGUGGCUGCGUGGGGGUUACACGUCUGCGAGAGACAUCACAACUACAGAGACCUGAGCAGCAACUACAUGGAGGCCCUGUGGAUGGUGUCCGUCACCUUCCUGUCCAUCGGCUACGGCGACGUGGUUCCUCACACCUACUGCGGCCGCAGCAUCUGCCUCCUCACGGGGAUCAUGGGCGCCGGCUGCACCGUGCUGGUGGUGGCCGUGGUCGCCAGGAAGCUGGAGCUCUCCAGAGCCGAGAAACACGUGCACAACUUCAUGAUGGACUCGCACAUCUCCAAGAGGAUCAAAAUCGCUGCAGCCAACGUGCUGAGAGAGACGUGGCUCAUCUACAAACACACCAAGCUGUCCAGAGAGCGGGACGAGACCCGCGUGCGCACGCACCAGAGGAAGCUGCUGCUCGCCAUCCAACAGCUGCGACGGGUCAAGAUGGAGCAGCGGAUUCUGGCCGAUCAAGGCAGCACACUGGUGGACCUCCACAAGGUGAGAGAGGCAAGUAAAGGCGCCGCGUUCCACCGGGUACAGUUGUCGGCGUGCGUGCGUCCCCCCUCCCCCUCACCCCCCGUGUCCUCUGCUUCCCGCUCAGAUGAACAGCCUGAUGUACGACGUGCUGGCGGAGGUGCAGGGCUGCAGGGGCGAGCUGCACGCGCACAUCCACGGCCUGGAGAAGCGCGUGCAGGAGCUGCGCGAGGGCUUCCGGAUCCUCAUGCCGCUGCUGUCCAGCACGCUCUCCACCCAGAACUGCUCCAUCCGCCACCUGCUGCGGGAGAGGGAGGGGCAGGGCGAGUGUGGGGGCGGAGCCGAGAAGUGACGCAGACCGCUGGGUCACAGAAACGACAUUUCUGCAGCAGAAAUACUAGCGGUUAGUUGAGGUUCUGUGCCGG